CAGUGCUCUCCCACCUCUAAGCAUCAUGGCGGCCAUCAUUGUUGACCUCAUGAAAUUUACGGUGCAUGAAUUUACAUCUUUUGCAGUAAUGCAGUGAAACCAGUUGAAAAGCUCGUUGUUUUUGUUUAAGUUCUCCUUUCUCAUGAACAAUCGUGCUUAAUAUUCCACUCCACUUAACUCCCAAGGUAACCUGGAUAUCCCUUUACAAACGUCUUCGUUCACAAACAUUCCAAGCCUUCUAGUCCUUCAGCGGCAGACAGCGUGGUCCUCUGAAUCUGAAACCUAUUGAAGUCUCGACUCUCGUUGGUGAACGCAACUACAAGAUACCAAGAUGACAACGCCCGCGGUGGGCUCGGCUCUUCACCAAGUUCCAGUGAACCCGUUAAAACCAAUGUGAAAUUUGAUGUUGCCUCAUGUCAAGGUACCAUCAGGAAUGAAGGUAACUACUCUAGUCAUUAACUUCAAAGAGUUCGGGGAUCAAGCUCUGUGGAGGUCUCUCUGGGACACGCUGUCAGGAAUAGUGAAUUGAAUCUCAUUAUUUCUCGAAGUAAUGUUUACCUAUGACGUAAAUCUCCGUAAAGAAUUGGUCGGGUAUCAAGUUUACAUCUAGCCAUUAUUUUCAAACCACACCGCGGAGAUAAUUCUAUUGUACUCUCUUAACUCCCUUUAAUUAUGAAUCUGAAAGCUUUUUAUUUGUCUUUUUUACUUUUAGUUUUAAGUCUAAUUUUAAAGUGUCGCUCCUCUCGAGUUAUCGAACUGAGCGAUAGAUUCCUAGAUGUAAGGAAGGACGCAGACUGGUUAAUCAUGUUUUAUUCGCCUAACUGCGCUCAUUGUAAACGAUUGGAUCCUGUUUGGUCCCACGUUGCGCAAGGUCUUCAUUACACUAAUAUUCGAGUAGGGAAAAUCGAUUGUUCUCGGUUUACAAAAAUUGCUUAUGAAUUCGGUAUCGCAGGAUUUCCUACCAUUAUGUUUCUGAAAGGAGAUGCUAAACAGUUCGUGUUCAAUGGAGAUAGAACGAAAGAUGAAAUCAUAAAUUUUGCCCACCGAGUGCAAGGUCCACCUGUCAAGCAAAUUACCCGUCCCGAGAGUUUAGAAGCUCUCAGAUCCUCCGAAAACAUUUUCUUCCUGUAUGCUGGCAGCCCUGAAUCAUCCUUGUUUGAGUUGUUUUACAGCACAGCCGAAAGAUUCCAACCUCAUAGUUUCUUCUAUUCCACUUCGCUUGAAAUAGCAGAAAAUCUCUUCGAGGCACGAUCAAAUCCUGUGAUACUAGUCCAUAAAGAGAAAACGCCGUAUAUUUUCAACGAUUGGUCGGAAAAUGAAGAUUUGAACGAGACUCUAUCGAAUUGGGUCAAUCACGAAAGGUUUGCCACCUUUGUUAAAGUUACCCGCGGUAAUUUUCAUCAGCUGAUGCAAAUUGAUAAAUUUCUAGUCAUCGCUGUAAUUCAUGAAAACAAAUUAGAAGAAAUUCCUCCUGAAAUGGUGGAAUUUCGGGAUAUGGUAGAGUCAAUUAUUCAUAAUAAUCGGGACAGGUUUCACAGACGAUUUCAGUUUGGGUGGACAGGGAGUCCCGAUUUAGCGAAUUCUAUAGCCAUGAUGGAACUGCAAUUGCCGCAUCUAAUUGUAGUCAAUGCUUCUACCAACCAUCACCACAUUCCGCAGGAUGAGCCCCAGCAUUUAACUCCAGAAGCGAUCACUCUCUUUCUGGAGUCUAUAGAAAAUCAAAUGGCUCCUGCUUAUGGAGGAGACACAUUCCUAGUCCGGCUCUAUAGAGGUUAUUUUGAAGGCAGAACAGCUUUCAGAGAAAUGUGGAGAGGAAAUCCAGUAUUAACUGCUGUACUUUUCGGCCUUCCCUUAGGAUUUUUGUUGCUCAUUUUGUAUUCCGUAUGUUGCUCAGAUAUUUUAGACGCAGAUGAAGAAGAAGAAGAAGAGGAAAAUACUCAUGAAAAGAAAGAGUAAUUUUAUCAUGUUGCAGUUCUAGUCAUAUUUUUCCAAGUUGACUCACGUGAUUAGUCCCUUUUCAAUAACUGUUAGCAAGGUUAUCUCGAACAGCCAAUUAUUUUCAUUCAGCAAGCGAAGGAAAUGUAAAGGUUAACUUCGAUUUCGGUUUUUUUUUUUUUUUUUUUUUUUUUUUUUUUUUAAAUAUAUGUCAUCGAAACAUAGUAUCAAGCAUCUGUACUUACAGGUACGAAGCAUUUAGUUUGAAGAGUUGUUUGAAUGUUUUUACUGAACAAAUGUUUAGUUUGUUCAUGAAAACUAGAGGUACUGAGAACUAUUUGGUGAUCUCUGUGUUUAUUUUACACUUGUCAAUAUCUCCUAACUUAAGCUGUAUUUUUAUGAUCUCCUUGGUUCUCAAUAUAGCAGGUGAAAAUUUAUCGUCUAUUCGAAUAGACGUAAUUCCUUUAGUUAGCAUUUUUACACAAUAUUUUUACUCCCACGAAUCCAAAUCCGAUUUGAGACUGACAUUCAAAUGCAGUAGCAGUUAGAAUCUUGCUUUAAUUCAACUUUUCAAAUUCUUAACUUGACAGAUAAUGUACCUAACUGAUAUUAUCCAAUCCGCCAGUGAUUACACGUAGUGUGUGUUUUUUUAAAAUUCAUUUUAUUUUAUUUUAUUUUUUUGUAAUAACUUAACUUAAAUUAUAAACUUAAAUAAUGAAACGUUUGCCACCCAUAAGCAAAAUCUGUUGAGAAAUUGUUGCCCACAUGAUCACAAUUGAUGUUGUGUGUCAUGUCCCUCUAUUAUCUUAAAAGUUGCGAAGAAAUUGGUAAAAUUCAUGACAAGUUUGCUGUCCUCAAGGGCGAUAAUCAUUGUUACAUAUAAUUUUUGGUUCCUUAGAUUAAAAGUAUUAUAGGUACACCGAUAAGCAACAUAGCGGUGCAAUAUUUAUCUGUAUUUGGUCUUCGAGUCUCAAUGCAUACAAUAUGAAUUUUUUUUGAUAUACCAAAGCUUCAUGCAAUUUGGUAUCCAAUAGCCUGAUUAUUAAAAAGGGUGACCCAUUUCACCCCGAUUGCUAUUUUAAGUUUGUGUAUGUAGUUAAUUGUUUCCUGUGUUUAAGGAUUUCCGGGUGUUUUACUCUUUUCCAAAGGUUCAAGUUUCGUAACUAGCUCCUAUCGGAACUAGAUAAGGCAAAAGUUAUUUUUUGUGCGGCUCAUGUAUUAUGUUCCUUUUGUUAAUGAUCUGAGAGUGAUGUUGUUAAUUUUAUUUUUAUGCUUCUACAAGCAGCCUUUGAAAUAUCAUUGUUGUAAAAAAAAGACACGCUGUUGUAGCUUUUUAAAAUGUUCUCUCGCAAUUGGAUUCAUAAAGGGUUUUUGAAUUAAUGAAAAAA